ACGCCGCUUAUGCCCCAGCUGGGCCGCCGCCGCCGCCACCGCCGGGACUCAUGGUGGGCCGCCGCCGCCGCUGCUGAGGCGCGCUGGACGGCGACCCCCGGGCCUGGCCAGCCGCAGCCCCCACCCCCCGGGCACCCCAGCAGCCGCCGCCGCCGCCAGCCCCGAGGAGAGCACCCCCCAAGCCGCCCCCUGCGCUGCCGGGGCUCGAGCGACGCGGCUGCCGGGGCGGGGGUCUCGUGCUCGGGGGCGCCGCCGCUGCCCGUGAACUCGCGGCGGGCUGAGGCUGCGGGAGCCCCUUCGCACUGCGGGCCGCGCAGAAACCAUGCCCAGAUCCUUCCUGGUGAAAAAGGUCAAGCUCGACGAUUUCUCCUCGGCGGAUUUGGAAAACUCCUACAGCAGGUCGCGGGCGGACUUCAACUCCCGGAUCCAUGACAAGGGAGGCUACAUCCGCGAGUACAUCACUCCGGCGUCGGUGUACGAGGGCGAGAGCGACGGCGGGCUCCAAGUGCCGUCGCCGGCGGGCGCCAUCUACCCUGGGGCGCGGGGCGACUACGGCGCGCCGGACUCGGAGCCCCCCGACAGCCCGCGCUCGGAGUUGGCCGGCGGCUACAUCAACGGCGACGCGGCGGUGAGCGAGGGCUACGCGGUCGACGCCUUCUUCAUCACCGACGGCCGCUCCCGGCGCAAGGCGUCGGCGGGGGCGUCGGGGGGCGCCGGGGGUGGCUCCCGCCUGGGCCCGCCGCAGCCGCAGGCGCAGCAGGCGCAGCAGCGGCACACGUGCAGCGAGUGCGGGAAGACGUACGCCACGUCGUCCAACCUGAGCCGCCACAAGCAGACGCACCGCAGCCUGGACAGCAAGAUGGCCAAGAAGUGCCCCACGUGCGGCAAGGUGUACGUCUCCAUGCCGGCCAUGGCCAUGCACCUGCUCACGCACGACCUGAAGCACAAGUGCGAGGUGUGUGGCAAGGCGUUCAGCCGGCCGUGGCUGCUGCAGGGCCACAUGCGCUCGCACACCGGCGAGAAGCCCUUCGGCUGCGCGCACUGCGGCAAGGCCUUCGCCGACCGCUCCAACCUGCGCGCCCACAUGCAGACCCACUCCGCCUUCAAGCACUUCAAGUGCAAACGCUGCAGCAAGACCUUCGCCCUCAAGUCCUACCUGAACAAGCACUACGAGUCGGCCUGCUUCAAGGGCGCCGUGCCGCCCCCCCUCAGCCCGCUCAGCCCCCUCCAGGCCUGACCCGCGCGCGCAACACAGCCAUGACGCCCCCCACCCCCUCCCACCCCGACGCCCUCCUCCGACUUGCCAAGGGUCAGCCUGCGUUUCUUUCUUUCUUCCAUUCUUUCUUUCUCUGAGACGCCAAGAGAGAUUUGCAGAAGUCCGUCCUCCGCCCGGGGCCACCCAGUGCUCAUCUAGACCCCCCCCAGCAGCCAACGUUCACCUGCGCCGCCGCCCCUGCCAGCCAGGAGUCGGAAGGAGAGGGAGGGGCUCACAGCCAUCAGAAUACGACGCGUUUUCUCACCACGACCGGGCUCUUUCGUCCUCUUCUUCUUUUUCUUCAGUUGGUGGUGUCCCUCCCCCCCCCGCCCCCCCCCCGAGGGUUUGGGGGUUUUUUUUUAAAGCGCCUGAUUUCUAUUUUCUUAAAAGUGUUCGGUUAGUUAUAUAUUUCUUUCACAGGUGUUUUUUUUAAAGCAAAGAAAAAAAACCCAGAGGUCUAUAUUUAAAGUGGAGCCUUUCUUAUUUAUUUGUGGAUGCACUUAUUUAUGUAUUUAUUUCCUUCUUGAUUCGAGGGGGGAGCGCCCCCUCCCUUCCUGAGUUUACGUUGCAAUUUUUCUAAAGAAAAAAACGCCAAGUCUUUUGUUUUGCACCGCUGUUUGACUUCCAAUCUGAACGAUUGUUGCCAAGAUCUGCUUUACUAUGCCAAAGUCUACGUCACUUUUUGAGAGGGGGGGGAGAGGGGGAAACGAGGAAACCAACGCGAGGAAGAAGGACUGACCUUUGUCCCCCUUUCUUUUUUGGGGUGGGGGGAGGGGUUGCUUGUGGCCAUCCUUUCUAACGCUCUGGAUUUUUUGCAUGCAAGAACAAAAAAAAAGUAUUUAAAAAUCUAUGCCAAUUUGAUGAUGCUUUUUUAAAUUAUUAUGAUUAUUAUGAUUAUUAUGGAUUUUCAUUUGUAAAACAACUUUACGUCACUUGUUUUCUUUGCCAAACUUUUAGAUAAUAGUCUAUUUGAGGGCAAUAUUCUCCUACUGAAACUAAUAGAAGCAAUAAUUAACGUAAUGCAUGUUAUUUUUAAGACGAUAGUAUUACUGAGAAAUCAGGUACAUUUUAAUCCAAUAUUCUUAAUAGCAACGGAUAUCAGGGACUUUGCCAAUGUAGUCAGCUAGAGUAAUACGGCGAUUCUUCCUUCUUCUUCUCUUCUCUUCUAAUGAAUGCACACUGCCUGCCUUCUUCGACUUACUUCCGAGUAGCUUAGUCAACUCUCUAGGCUUGUAGCGCUUGCCUUGCCGGGAGAACUACGAGCAGCCCCCUCCCCUUAUUUUCUAGAGACUCUUCCGGGACUGUCUGCUUUGGCUUUGGGGCGGGGGGGGGGAGGGGAGGCGCUCUCCAACUUUCCCAAAGAAGGAGAGAGGGGGGAGAGGAGGGGGGAAGAGGAGGGGAGCAACGAAGGAGGGUCGUAUGGGGACGGGUGGGCUGUGCUGGCUGCCUCCCACUCCCGCCCCCCAAGCCCACCCCCUAACCCUCCACCCAGAGCCAUUCGCCACCCCCCACAGGUGUGCCCCCGGGUUCCCUCGGAAAGGAUCUCAGGGAGCGGGGCCCGGGGGGGAGGAAGAGCUCCCUCCCCGGUCCCAGCGGCGGACCACGCACUUGGGGGGCGCUGGGAAACCCCAGAACCGCGCCUUCCCAGCAUCCUUUGCGAGGGUCGCUGGGGAGGGGGGCGGGGCUGAAGCACACCUGUGGGGCUCCAGAAGGCUACCGGUCGGGGGAGGGGUCCUGCUUGCUUCCCCCCGGCUCACUAUUGUAACUCCAGGGAGGGGGGGGAAGAGAGGUGACCCCUCCUCCCGCAGCCGCCGCUUCCAGCCGCUCACGAGACAACCUCCAUCCUAAAGCCACGUGGACGGUCCCCCUUUUUAACCUAUUAAGCACCUCUUCCUCUUUUAGGUCUUUCCAUUUUAUGAAUAACUUAAGAAAAAAAAAAUAAACAGCACAAAAGAAUAAAAAAAAAAAACCUUAAUAGAAUUCAGGUAGAAGGAACUUGUAUUAGCUAUAAUAGGACCUCCUGUUUUGUACUUAAGAUAAGGAACGACGCUACUAUAGGACGACGACGACGACUCCGAGCACUCCUAAUGCCGCUACUAAGAAGUUACUCCCGCAGCUAAGACGGAUUUUUUGUAGGGAAAAGGGACUCUGCUGCCGGACGCCUUCUCGGGGCCCGCCUUCGGAGAUGCGCCUGCGUCUGGACACGCCGCAAAGCCUGUUUGGGUGAUGGGGGGGGGGGCUUUUUCCCGGGGAGGGAGAGGCGUCGCGAUGCGAAGGGAGCGGGCGACGAUUCCUUCUGAGCCAGUCGAUGAUGAAUGCUCUACCCUAAAGCACAAUUGUGUCCUCGCGCACUUCACAAUAAAAAAGAAAAGACGACCUUGCAAUA